GCUAACCUCAACAGCACAUCAGGCCACUCUGCUGGAGUUGCCCAGGAACUCCCAGCAGUGAACUAGCAGCGGCAGCAAAACCACCAGCAGCAGGUCCUACUAAGCAGCUUUCUUCUCCACUCACAUCCUGGCGGAAGCCAUGCCAUCACUGCUCACACCCAUGCACUUCAUGGUCCUAGUUCUUUCUUGGCUGCAGCAGGAUAUGUGAGUGAGGCUAAGAAAGGCGAAGGUGUUUUAGGUGUUGAGUAGUUCCAAGCCCUCGCUUGUGCUUUGUCCCUUCUAAUAGUCGCCUUGUUUUCGCGCAUGGAGCAUGCAAGACCGUCUUUUAGGGUCGUCUCUGUUUCUCUGCGCUAGUGCGAUACCCCAAUUCGUUAUUAAUCAGGCAGCAUCUUCAUUAUCAUUCUUGUAGUAGCUCUCGCUCAAGCCGCCGCUCAUUCAAAAAUCUUUUAGCUACAAGUUAUCCUCCCAGCAGCUUUGAAAGUUCCCCCAUCCAACCAUCUUAGCACCAUCUCCGCUUGGCAUUUUACACAGCGCUUAGGACUAUAAUCAGCACCGCGACAAUGAUUCCGUCUAAGGGAAACUCGUUUGCGGAGUAUGGUGAAAAGCCGAGCUCGCGCCGGCCUGGAUUGCUGAAGAACCAGCUGCGGCUGGUGCGGAGAGUCAUGCCGGACGGCAAGGCGAGGAAGGAGAUCGCUCCAGUGGAGGAGAAGCUGUCGUUUGAGAAGGGCUUCUUCCUCUUCAUCCGGGCCGUCCAGCUGCUCACACAGAACAACCCGGGCGUGAUCCUGGUGGGGCUGGCGGGCCCGUCGGGCGCGGGGAAGACGGCGUUCACGUGCAAGGUGGCGGGGUUCAUGCCAUCCAUCGCGGUCAUCUCCAUGGACAACUACAACGUCGCCAGCCGCGUCAUCGACGGCAACUUCGACGAUCCGCGCAUCACCGAUUAUGAGUUGCUUCUGGAGAACAUUGAGGGGCUCAGGCGAGGGGAGGCAGUGCAGGUGCCCAUGUACGACUUCAAGACCAGCCAGCGCGUCGGAUUCAGGGAGCAGCCGGUGCCCAAGUCGCGGGUGAUCAUCAUCGAGGGCAUCCACGCGCUGAACGAGCGGCUGCGCCCGCUGCUGGACCUGCGCGUGUCCAUCACAGGCGGCGUGCACUUCGACCUUGUCAAGCGCGUGCUGCGAGACAUCGACCGGUCGGGGCAGGCGCCUGAGAGCAUCAUCCAGCAGAUAUCAGAGACGGUGUACCCGAUGUACAAGGCGUUCAUAGAGCCGGAGCUGAAGACGGCGCACAUCCGCAUGGUCAACAACUUCAACCCUUUUUCCGGCUUCCAGGACGCCACCUACCUGCUCAAGUCUCCUGCAGAGGGCGAGGGGUGGGAGGAGCGCGUGAAAGCGGUGGUUGUAGGCGAGCAGUCGAGGGAGGAGGUGGAGACAUACGAGAUCUACCUGCUGCCGCCUGGGGAGGACAAGGACACAUGCCAGUCGUACCUGCGCAUGCGCAAUAGGGAUGGCCGCUAUUCCCUCAUGUUCGAGGAGUGGGUGACGGACGGCCCCUUCAUAAUCACACCUCGCAUCACCUUCAGUGUCAGCGUGCGGCUGCUGGGCGGGCUGAUGGCGCUGGGGUACGAGAUAGCGCACAUCGUGCACCGCGAGUCGGUCGUUUUCCGGGAGCAGGGGGACGCGAGCAGCGCUCUCACAGUGAAGCUGGACAGGAUAGAGCAGCUCAAAGCCACCUACGUGCAGGUGAUAGGCAAGGACCGCAAGCGGGUGAAGGACGUGGCAGAGCAGCUGGGCAUGGACGGCAAGUACAUAUCCCAUCCUUAUAUCGAGGAUAUCAAGCUGCACCACCUCACUCAGGAGAUUCAGAGCAAUCAGCCGGCCCCUCUCUCGUCCAACGUGCUCAAGCAGCGUCUGCGCAUCUCCGACGACAUUCUGCCCUUCAGCCCGCCCGUGGGGCCGCACCUUGCCUCGCCCUCCUCCCCCGCCGCUGCCUCCUCCUCCUGGUCGGCUGGCGCACGCAAGCUCGACAAAACCAAGAGUCUGAUCUCGAUGGGCCAAGGAGACCCAUCUCCCGACAGCAUGCCGGCGCCCACAGCUGCUCUAGCCAAGGCGGAGAUCACGACCAUGCGCUCUGCGUGCUCUGCCACUGCGCUCGAGCUGCUUAAGCUGGAGGAGGGGAGACGUGGUGGAGGUGGUGGAUGUGGGGGUGGGGGAGAGGAGGAAGGGCAGGGGAGUGAGCGAGGGGAGGGGAGGCAGGCCGUCAAUGCAAGCCAAGCGAAGAAUAGUCGUGAUCAUGUGAAUGGGCAUGCGAAUGGGCAUGUGAAUGGGCAUGUGAAUGGUAGUGGAAGUAGCCAUAGAGGAGUGACUCGCAACCACCGGCAACAACAGACCCAGCAGGAGGGGCAGCAGCAGUUGCCAGAAACGCUGUCUGCGUCAACUGUCGCAGAAAUGCUGUGCAGCAACCAAUCCGUGGAGCACAAGCUGACGACGAUCGCCAACCAGAUCGACCGGCUGCUACUGCGCAUGGACCAGAACAUUCAGACAUCCACUGCCCAUGGCAGCAACAUGGCAGGCAGCGCCAACAGCAAUCCACCUGCCACCAGCGCGACAAGCAACGCCAAUUGCAGAUCACCUGUGACCCCGAGGGGUUUUGGGGGUGGAGAGGAUGGGCUGCAGAGGGACGUGAGUGCGGUGGCAGAGCAGCAGAGGCUGAUGGCCCUCGAGAUCCAGUCGCUCUGCACUCUACUGCAAGAGGCCCAGCGCCCUUCAUCUCCACCUCGCACCUCGUACUGGCGUGCAGCCUUCUCGUUUGCUUGCCUCAGCAGCAACAACUACAGCACCAGCAGCAGCAGUGGGAGCGGUGGGAACAGUGUGAAGGGCCAGUGGGUGUCCUCAGCUCUCAUUGCUCUCGCAGUGGGCACAGCCUCCUUUGCUGGCACGUCGCUGCUGCUGUCACGCAAGACUGCCAACUAGCACCAACGACAGCAGCAGCAGCAGCAGCAGUGGGAGCAGAACGUGCAGCCAUUAGGUGUCCUCAGCUCGUCCUGCCCUUGCCGUGCAGACAACCUCCUUUGCUGGUGCAUCGCUCUUGCUGUCUCACACGAGUGGCAGCCAGCGGCAGCAGCACCUACUGGAGCAGCGAAAGGGAGUGUGAACCGGCAGUAGGAGUGGCUACAGCCUCCUUUGCUGGCACAUUGCUGUUGCUGUCUCGCACGAGUGACAGCUAGGAGAAAAUACAGCUGCAGUGAGAGGAGUGUGAACGGCCAGUGGGUGUGCUCGGCUCAUUUGGCCCUUGUUGUGGAAGCAGCUAAGCAGCUUCCUGCCCAUGUAGGUGCAUCCUUAUGGCGGUCUCACAGGCAUAGUCUCCUCAAUCUCCUCGCCUCAGCUUGUCUAGACUCGGGGCCAUCCCUCUGUCUCUCGCAUAAAGUGGCCUCAUGACAACGGGCCUAGCAGCGGAAAGGCAGCAGUGACUGGCAAUGCGGCGCAUGAUGGAACAAUGGCUGGCAGUGGUUUCCCGGCUCUGCAUCUCCGUUUUCCUCUGAGAGGGUUGUGCAUGGUAGAAGGUGCUUCAGAAUACUGUUGUUCACUAUGGAAAGGUACAUCCAAGAGCAAGGAGCUGUAAGGAAAACGUACCGUAC